AGGGAUUUUUGGACCGUUAUUUCACUACUAAUACGUUAGUUUUGCUUGAGUUUGCCUUGUGCUCUUAAAUAUCAAGUAAAAGUUUUGGCAUCUGUAGGGAAAAGAAACUAAUAUCAAACUUAGUUUUAGAUGAGAUUUUCUAGCUAAUUUUGCGUCAAGUAGCUUGGAAAUCCUUCUUAUGUGUCUGGAUGAGAAUGACCGCCUCACUGUGCAUGAACUAAAAGCUUAAAUUAACGUUGAAUAGUCAUGUGCAUUGCAUUUCCAAGAGAAAUUGUGUUUGGCUAGAAAAUAUUCCUCCAAAGUUUAGAAAACAUGUUAUGCACAAGGUUGACAUCCUACAAGGAUGAUGACACGACAUGCAAUUUUUUAAGGGUAUAUAUUUAUUUUAUUGAACAUACUUGUACUUCUUAUCCAGUAAGGUCUUAACUGUAUGAUAUAAUCACUCUUAUAAAUAUCUGUUGCAUGUUUAUCUCUUCAGAAAAUCUGUAUAUCAUCAUUAAGGUCUUUGUACAUAUAUUCCUCAUUCUGUAUCUGAAGUUUGAAAUCUCAUUUCCUUUGUGGAAGAAGCUUUUUGAAGAAUCAUGAACGCGUUAGCCGCAACAAACAGAAAUUUUAAGCUGGCAGCUCGGCUUCUGGGGUUGGACUCAAAGCUUGAGAAGAGUCUGCUCAUUCCAUUUAGGGAAAUCAAGGUUGAGUGUACCAUACCAAAAGAUGAUGGCACCUUGGCAUCUUUUGUGGGAUUCAGGGUUCAGCAUGACAAUGCGAGAGGUCCAAUGAAAGGAGGGAUAAGAUACCACCCAGAGGUAGACCCAGAUGAGGUGAAUGCUUUGGCACAACUAAUGACAUGGAAAACUGCAGUAGCUAACAUACCAUACGGUGGAGCCAAGGGAGGGAUAGGAUGUAAUCCAGGGGAUUUGAGCAUCUCUGAGCUAGAAAGACUUACUAGAGUUUUCACCCAAAAGAUACAUGAUCUGGUUGGAGUCCACACAGAUGUUCCAGCACCUGAUAUGGGAACAAAUCCACAGACAAUGGCUUGGAUCUUAGAUGAAUAUUCGAAAUUUCAUGGAUAUUCACCUGCAGUAGUAACUGGAAAACCUAUUGAUCUUGGUGGUUCCCUUGGAAGAGAUGCAGCUACAGGAAGAGGUGUGCUGUUUGCAACUGAAGCCCUGCUUAAAGAGUACGGGAAGACCAUUGCUGGGAAACAUGUUGUUGUGCAGGGAUUCGGAAAUGUUGGUUCUUGGGCUGCUCAACUUAUAAGUGAGCAGGGGGGAAAGAUUGUUGCAGUAAGUGAUAUUACAGGAGCUAUAAAGAAUAGUAGUGGUCUUGACAUACCAAGCCUACUCAACCACGUCAAAGAAACCCAUGGAGUAAAAGGAUUCAGUGGUGGGGAUCCUGUUGAUCCUAAUUCUAUAUUGGCUGAGGAUUGCGACAUUCUUAUCCCAGCAGCUCUGGGAGGCGUGAUCAACAGGGAAAAUGCAAAAGAUAUCAAAGCCAAAUUUAUUAUUGAAGCAGCUAAUCAUCCAACUGAUCCAGAGGCUGAUGAGAUUUUGUCAAAGAAGGGAGUUGUCGUCCUUCCAGACAUAUAUGCAAAUUCAGGCGGUGUUACUGUUAGUUACUUUGAGUGGGUUCAGAACAUUCAAGGGUUCAUGUGGGAUGAGGAUAAAGUGAAUGCAGAGUUAAAGACGUACAUGACGAAAG